AUGGAUAUAUGCGAUCUAAAUAUCACAAACAAUGAAAUUACAGGAGUAUUUAAUCACAAUCUUUGCUCAAUUCAAAAAGGAGAAAUUGAUGAAACAAUUAUUGGUAUUAAAUCUCUUCCAAAUCUUAUCUACAUUGCAAAUCUUUCAAACUUCGUUAAAAUACAGAAGAUCCCUAAUAAAUUGUUUUAUGAGCAUAGAAAUCUUACUCAGAUUAUAUUUCCACCAAAUAUCAUCGAGAUCGGGAACUAUUCAUUUUAUCAAUGCAAUAAUUUAAAAGGAUUUCUCAAUCUUCCAAAUGUUGUUAAAAUAGGAGAUUACGCCUUUUGCGAAUGCUAUAAUCUGACUGAUAAAAUUGAUUUUCCAAAAUUAGAAUAUGUUGGAAAUUAUGCAUUUUCAGAGUGUUACAACAUAUAUGGUCAAGUUUGUUUUCCUUUCAUUAAAUUUGUUGGAGGUUCUGCAUUUUUUAGAUGCUAUAGCUUAAAUGGGUCAAUAUAUAUGCCAAAUUUGGAAGAUAUUGGAAUUUAUGCUUUUGGAAACUGUGUAAAUUUAGUUGGCUCAAUUGAUUUCCCAAAAAUCAUUGAGUUAAGCGGAGCAGCAUUUUAUAAUUGUUAUAAUUUGAAUGGAAUUAUUAACCUUCCAAAUAUUAAAAUUUUUUAUGGAGAAGUAUUUUAUAAUUGUACGAAAAUAAGUGGAUCUCUGAAUUUUCCUCUUGUUGAAAAAAUAGAUGAAUCAGCAUUUUAUUGUUGUUAUGGGUUAAAUGGAACACUAAAUUUUCCAAAUUUAACUUAUAUAGGUAUGUAUACAUUUUUCAAUUGCUCAAAUUUGACUGGUUCACUUGAUUUUCCCAAUCUAGAAAGAAUAUCUUGGAGUGCAUUUUGCUAUUGUUGGAGUUUGAAUGGUACUAUAAAUAUGCCUAAAUUGAUUUCGGUAGAUAGAUCUGUCUUUGUUUUUUGUAACAAUUUAAGGGGUUCAAAAUAUCUUCCUAAUGCUGAAUAUAUAGAUGUUUAUGGAUUUUCUAACUGCUCUAGUCUCGAUGGUAUUAUUUAUAUACCGAAAACUACAAUUAUUGGUAUGUUUGCUUUUUAUAAUUGCUUCAAUUUAAAGGGAAUAGUAAAUAUUCCGAAUGCAAUAGAAAUUCGAAAAUAUGCUUUUGGAAAUUGUAUGGAACUUACAGAGUUUGUUAGUGUUGGUAAUGUCACAUCAUUUGCAGAGGGUGUAUUUUAUAAUUGUCGCAAAAUGGAAGGAUCAUUCGCAAACAUUCCAAUCGAAUUUGCUGAUAAUUAUUCAUUUUAUAAUUGCUACGAAAUGAAAGGGACUCUUGAUUGUAUCAAUUUCACAACAAUAAAAAAUGGUUCUUUUUAUGGAUCUGGUGUUGAAAACCUUGUCAAUAUAGAUCAAAUUACAUCUAUAAGCCAAUAUGGAUUUUAUAAUUGUACUCAAUUAUCAGGAAUUUUAAAUUUUAGCAACAUAAUAUCUAUUGAAGAACAUGCAUUUCAACUUGACAACCACAUUAAAAGUAUUGUUUUAAUGAAACCUAAUAUAGACAUUGGCAUUUCUGCAUUCGAUUCUAAUGUUAAUAUCACAAUUUCGCAGCCAAUAAAUCUUAGUCGGGAAAUUGUGUAUAAUUAUAAUAAUAGAGAAUUCAUUGUUUUCUAUACAGGUCUUAAAUAUUGUGAUUAUGAAUCUGAUUCACUUAUUUAUGACUUCGCGAAGCGAAUAUAUGUCCUAUGUGAAUAUCCAAAUAAAACAUUUUACGGUCGAUGUGUAUUCAAUCCAUGCGUAAAACAGCAUGUUAUCACGCAUUGUGAUAUUUCAUUAAAGAGAUACUUUUUUGGCUUUUUAUGCUUCAUAUAA